ACUAUCGUCCUUCUCAGUGAUGGCGGCUUCGUUUGGUUCUCUCCCUGCAAGCUGUAACAACAAAUGGUACUACACACGACAACAGAUCGACAACAACCCAUCUCGGCGAGCUGGACUUGAUCCGGACAAGGAGCUGUCCUACAGACAACAGGCGGCCAACCUGCUGCAGGACAUGGGACAGCGGCUCAAUGUGUCCCAACUUACAAUUAAUACAGCCAUUGUGUACAUGCAUCGAUUCUACAUGGUUCAGUCAUUCACCAGAUUUCACAGAAAUGUUAUUUCUCCUGCCGCUCUAUUCCUCGCUGCAAAGGUUGAGGAGCAGCCCCGAAAGUUGGAACAUGUUAUCAAGGUGGCCCAUGCAUGCCUCAAUCCUCAGGAUCCUUCACCAGAUGUACGCAGUGAUGCCUACCUGCAACAAGCCCAAGACCUGGUCAUUCUUGAGAGCAUAAUACUCCAGACCUUGGCUUUUGAAAUCACCAUUGACCAUCCACAUACUCAUGUUGUCAAGUGCACUCAGCUUGUCAGAGUUGUUCCAGCGAGUAAGGAUCUGGCUCAAACAUCAUACUUUAUGGCCACAAACAGUCUGCACUUGACCACAUUCUGCCUGCAGUAUAGUCCGCCGGUUGUGGCCUGCGUUUGCAUCCAUCUAGCCUGCAAAUGGUCCAACUGGGAGAUUCCUGUGUCUACAGACGGCAAACACUGGUGGGAGUAUGUUGAUCCCACAGUUACCCUCGAGCUGCUGGAUGAGCUCACACACGAGUUCCUGCAGAUUCUGGAGAAAACACCCAGCCGGUUGAAACGGAUUCGCAACUGGAAGGCUGGAGGUACGACACCAAAAGCCAAGCCAAAAGUCCAGGAAGAAGGUGACCAGAGGGACACCAUGAUGAGCAUGAUCUCUAUGGCCUCAUCGGAGAGUACCGUGGCAGGCUUGAUGAGCCUCUCGGCUCCACCUUCCGCCUCCUCUUCCUCAUCCAUCUGUGACAAAGACGGGGUUGAAUCUGGCAGCGCUGCGACUUGGAGUGGAAAAGGUCAGCCUGCAUCUGAGCUCAACAACGAGGUUCAUGCUCCAGCUAAAGUGUCACUGAGUGAAUACCGGGCCAAGAACGCAGACGUCCUGGCAGCCCAAAAGAGGAAGCUAGAGAACAUGGAGGCCAGCGUGAAGCGGGACUAUGCCAACGCUGCCCAGGCUCUCAUUGGUCAGCAGCAGAGGAAGGAUAAGCAGCAGCAUCAUCACCAGCAGUCCAGCUCCUCCUCCUCUGACAACCCGUCGCCCAUUAUUCUGAAAAUCCCCCUGGAGAAGGAGAGGCACGAGAGGACCUCUCUCAAAAUGCGCUUCCCCCUAGCUGGAGGAGGCAGCGGGCACAGUGGCAGUGCCCGAGGACAGGAACAGGACAUCAAAGUCAGAAUAAGAGUGCCUGAGAAGCAAAGGGGGAGUUCGGGAGAGGAGGGAAAGACCAGGGACAAGCACAGGGAACGCUCUAACCACCACCAUCAUCACCACCACCACCACCACCAUUCCUCCUCUACUGGUGCCUCACUCUCCUCUUCACACAAACAUUCAACUACUUCUAGCGGGGCUGUCGGAGGCAGCAAAAAAAUCCCCAGCGACUCUUCUAGAACAAGCUCCUCGUCUUCUUCCACAUCACGUAAGAGGACGCACUCCCAAGAUCCCACGGCAGGCACUCACCCUGGCUCUAAAGUCAGCAAGUCCUCUAGGAAUCCCUACCAGCUACCGUCCCUGUCUUCCUCCUCUGGGCAAACUCUGGGGCACGGCCCUGACAUUCUCCCCGCCCUGGGCCUCCCCCACCACCAAGGGAGCUUUCCGCACUCCAAAGGCGACAAAACGGACACGAAUGGGCACGGUGCAGCAGGCGGACCCCAGUCGAACGAGUACCAGGACACUUUUGAAAUGCUGAACUCACUUCUGAGCGCACAGGGGGUCCAGCCAUCCCAACCGUCCAUGUUUGACUACAGAUCCCAAUAUGGGGAAUACCGGUUCAGUGGUGGCUCCAGAGGGAACAACAGGCCACCGCCCCUCCCUUCAGAACCGCCUCCCCCACUGCCGCCGCUACCCAAAUAAGUUCCUGAUCUGGAGACGUAUUAUGUACAUUGUACUUGACUUUACAUAAAGUAUUGUUUUUUUUUUUGUUUUUUUUUACUUGCCCAACAUUUUUUUAAAGGCUUCAAUGUGACAGCAGUGAAAUGUACUGGUGAGAAAUGAAUUUUUAACCUUUUAGUUUUUUUUUUACACUUCACUUGUGGGGCAAUAAUAAGAGGCUUGAAAAAUGUGAGGAAAAAAAAAUACAGAAAAGUGUAGAUAAUAUUUUUUUCCUUUCUGUUUAACUCAAAUGAAAUGUGAUGAUGGGACCUGGUAUAUUUAGUAACACUGUUUGAGGAAGUCAUUGUCUUGAAAUCAUGAGGAAACUAAAAGAUUUCCAUCACAUACCUGUUAGGUCUCCUUACCGAUUGUCUUUUUUAUAAUGUUUUUAUAGUAUGUUAUUUAUUAAUUGAAUGCUUUUUCUUAAAAAGAAAAAAAGAAUAGACCCCGAUUUUACUUUUUUUUUUUAAGGUUUCCCCCUUUUGUUCUUUUUUUUUGGGCAGAGGGACAUUUCUUCAUCAAGACUGUACAGGCUAGUUUGAGAGUGCAUGUCUCCAAAGCCAUCUUUUUAAUAUAUAUAUUUUUUUUUUCUUCUUUUUUAACCGCCAUAACCUAAAAAAAGGUGAUUGCCCACACCUGGUGUUUAUCUAUUUUUUUUUUUUUCCUUCAUUAUUUGGUAAACUUGUACAAAGACUGUAAAAUGUUUAAAACAAACAUGAAAUAUUUUUUACAUUUUGUUAUGAAAAAUUGCAAAAAAAAAGAUGUAAAUUAAGGAAGCUUGUACUUUUUUUGUUUUUUUUAGAUUUUGAGUGUUGCAGUCAUUGUUUUAAAUGGUUGUAGAAUAUUCAUAUAUUCAGUGCUCUAAUGACUACACUAAUGGACACAGUUCAUACUAAGGAUAUACAUCUAUGGUUUUAUCAUAAGGGUUUAAAGAGUUUAAACAUAUCUACGGUAUGGUCACAAUGAAGGAAUUGCAACAAAAAAUCCCUCUGGAGAAGAAAUGUGAGUUUUUAAAUCCUGUCAUGUAAUUUGUCACUUGGUCAUCAGUUUCCUCUUGGGGGGGGGCGAGUCUUUUUUUGGUGAUCACAGCUAAAAUGCAAAGAAAGAAAUAGGCAGAAGAUAUACAACAUUUUAAGUUGUGUUAGUAUCUGCAGCGCCCUGAAACUGCCGAAUUGGGGAAAAAAAGGUUUCUGCUGGUGCUCACUUUGUGGUGACCAUAUCGAGCACAAUCUACAAUAAAAGUAUUCACAAUACACUAUAUCAAAGACUAAACAAAUGCCAUCUGUCUGUCUUUUAUGGUCGUCUUUCAUUUAUGCAUUUUCCUUUUGGGGAUGAUUUCAAAUGUCUAAACUCCAGUGUACGCCUGUCAAUUCAUGCUCGUCUGAUUUAAUCAUGUUAAAGCUGUCUUUUGACUUAAAGUAAAACAGUGGAUAUUCAGCUCCACAUGCCAUGAUUCAUCAAAAAAACUUUGCACGUGUUUUUAGUUGUGUAAAUCAUACGUGUCAAGCAGGUUAUCGACACACCUACAUGGUCAUGAGCAUGAAGUAUAAUACUCUAAUUAUUUAAAAUGACUGAAUAUGUGUUCAAAAAAUCUAGUGGAGAAGGUGUCACUUCUUGGCAAGAGAAUCGGGUAUCAUCUGUACAUUUAAUUCAUUCUAAGCUUUAUGUGGUUUUGAUUGUAUAGUACUACUGCUCUUUACCUGCUUACUUUUAUCAGUUAUCAAAAUAUUCAUUUGUUUUAGGCAGUUUACAGUAAUGCAGUACAACAAAUCAUCAGCCAUACAAUUGUAAAAUAUGUUUGUGCCCUUGAUUAUAUGGAAAAUAAGCUAAUGCUCAGGCAGCGGAGAUUUUAUUGGUUAUUCAACUCUUGUAAAAGGGAAACAGUAAAUGCACUGAAUAUUUAACAGUAGGUUUGCCUACAAUGCAAUUGACAAGGUGUUACAUAUAUAAUGGUUAAACUAUUUGAAUAGAAAAUGUCCAAUAUUUUGCCAAUUUCUUUAAUUGGUUUAUUUGAUCUGGACAAAUCUUCCAAUUUAGAUAUUAACUUUAUGCUUUGAGGAAAGUCAUGAAAAAAAGGACGCACAUUUAAAAGAUAAAACCCAUCUGUGAGAAAAAUGGAAGACACUCAUGCAACCUAACAAUGCAAAUUCACAGCUUCACGUCUUAGUGUUUUUAGUGACACUCAGGUCUGGAAAUGAAACGUUUUUUUUGGAUUUGUUUGUUUUGUUUUCAGUUAAAACGUUAUACUGUAUGUGAACCCUGUUCUUUUUGAUAUAGUGUGGUUGCUUUAUUCUCAAUUGAAAAGUCAAUAAAUAUUUUAAGAAAA